AUGGAGUUUGUUAAAGAAGAGAGUGAAGAGAACACGAGUGAACCAGAAACCUGGAUAAUAAAACAAGAGGAAUCAGAAACCUGGAGAAUAAAAUAUGAGGAACCAGAAACCUGGAUAAUAAAACAAGAGGAACCAGAAACCUGGAGAAUAAAAUAUGAGGAACCAGAAACCUGGAGAAUAAAACAAGAGGAACCAGAAACCUGGAGCAUAAAAUAUGAGGAACCAGAAACCUGGAGAAUAAAACACGAGGAACCAGAAACUAUAAUAAUAAAACAGGAACCAGAAACUUGGAGAAUAAAACACGAGGAACCAGAAACUAUAAUAAUAAAACACGAGGAACCAGAAACCUGGAGAAUAAAAUACGAGGAACCAGAAACCUUGAGAAUAAAACACGAGGAACCAGAAACCUGGAGAAUAAAACACGAGGAAUCAGAAACCUGGAGAAUAAAACACAAGGAAUCAGAAACCUGGAGAAUAAAACACGAGGAACCAGAAACCUGGAGAAUAAAACAGGAGGAACAAAGAGAGUUCAUUGAAGAAAAAGAGGAGUAUGAAGAAUCAAGUGAAGUUGAGGAGAAAAAUAAUGUCAAAACUGGAGGAAAAUCUUUGAGUUUCUCUAAAACCAAACACAAAGAUUUAAAGAAUAAAAGAGCCAAGACGUUUUUCAACUGCACUCAGUGUCGAAAGAGAUUCACACACAAAACAGGUUUUGAGUGUCACAUGAGAAUUCAUACUGGAGAAAAACCCUACAAGUGUUCACACUGUGACCAGAGAUUCAGUGUGUCAGCAUAUCUGAAAAAACAUGAGAGGAUACACACUGGAGAGAAACCUUAUAAGUGUUCACACUGUGACAAGAGAUUCAGAGCGUCAGCAUAUAUGAAAAAACAUGAGAGGAUCCACACUGGAGAGAAACCUUAUAAGUGUUCACACUGUGACAAGAGAUUCAGUCAGUCAGCAAAUCUGAAAAAACAUGAAAGGAUCCACACUGGAGAGAAACCUUAUAAGUGUUCACACUGUGACAAGAGAUUCAGUGUGUCAGCAAAUCUGAAAAAACAUGAAAGGAUCCACACUGGAGAGAAACCUUAUAAGUGUUCACACUGUGACAAGAGAUUCAGUGUGUCAGCAAAUCUGAAAAAACAUGAGAGGAUACACACUGGAGAGAAACCAUACAAGUGUUCACACUGUGACAAGAGAUUCAGUCAGUCAGAACAUCUAAAAACACAUGGGAGGAUUCACACUGGAGAGAAACCUUAAAAGUGUUCACACUGUGACAAGAGAUUCAGUGUGUCAUCAAGUUUGAAAAAACACGAGAGGAUUCACACUGGCGAGAAACCUUAUAAGUGUUCACACUGUGACAAGAGAUUCAGUCAGUCAGAACAUCUAAAAACACAUGCAAGGAUUCACACUGGAGAGAAACGGUAUCACUGCACUGUACGUGGGAAGUGUUUCAUUCAGUCAUAUGUUUAACACAGUCAUACAAAAACAAUCACAGUAAGGCCCCAUACACACGGAGACAUGUUUAGCUGUGAUUGUAAAUAUUUUGUAUGGUAUAUGUGUUUCGUCCAGACGGAUUCGGCGUUUGGGAGAAUGAAAUCACUAUAUAUUUUUAAACCGGGUCCCAGAGUGGAUAAAUCUGAAAAUGACACCUUUGCUUUUCAUGUGUACAGCCAAUCCGUAUAUUUUGCGAAACGAUGUCAUCACCCUACAUCUCAACCCUAGUCAGACACUGCUACAUCAUGUAACAUCAACAACAACAAAAAUGGAGGAAUACAUGUUUGUGUUCAUGCUGCAGAAGCUCCUGAGCCUAUUAGCUAGCUAAGUAUUAGCGAAGUAGAGCGGCACGAUAUUGGAAAAAAAACUCACAUUUUGAUAAUUUUUCUCGGCAAUGUGUUGCGAUAUAAAAAAAAAAAAUCAUGACUUGCUGCUCAUCAGGUCUAUUUGAAAAAAUUAUAAAAUCAAUGAUUGGGGUAAUUUGGUAGGUGAAUAAAUAAGCAUAGAAAAUACCGUAUUUUCCGGACUAUAAGUCACACUUUUUUUCCUAGUUUGGCUGGUCCUGCGACUUAUAGUCAGGUGCGACGUAUCAAAAUUAAUUUGACAGGAACCAAGAGAAAAUCAUUACCGUCUACAGCCGCGAGAGGGCGCUCUAUGCUGCUCAGUGCUCCUGUAGCUUCUACAUGAAAACAUAGAGCACCCUCUCGCGGCUGUAGACGGUAAUGUUCUUUAUUGGUUCUUGGUCCUAAAUAAAUGUGACUCAUAAUCCAGUCCGACUUAUAGUCCGAAAAAUAUGGUAAGCAAAUUACAAAAAUGGAUAAAUAUAAUAGAAAAUGAACUGUGUUUUAUAUUCUCCAGGUAACCGUAUUCAGGUACAGAAAUUGAAUAAUCAAAUGUAAAAUAACACUGCAUAGUCUUUACUGUAUAAAUAAAAUCUAAUAAAUCUGUGUUAAAGCUACAAAA